AUGCCCAUCAAGUCACUUGAGUCGUACCUCUUUGAACGCCGGGUAGUAAGUGCCAGCUCAAUUGAGAUCUUGCAGAAUGCCACAAUUGGUAUUGAUGUUGAACAUUACUUGAGUCGGAUCUAUACCUUUAAGAAGGAACAAUAUUUGGCAGGUGUAGGAGGUACACCUAGUUCCUUGAAAGAUUACGUGCAACUGGACUUGCAAGUAUUUAAGGAAUUCAAUAUCAAGCCUAUUUUUGUCAUUCCUGGUUUAGGGAUUGAAUCUCAACACGCUGAAUUCCCAACGAAUGAAUUAUCUCCACAAGAGCUGCACAGAAUGACCACUUGGAAUAAACUUCAUUCACGUAGUUCAAAUCCAUAUCUUUAUAAUAACCUGAACACCGAAUCCUUUAGAUUAUUUACUGAUCCAUUACCUUUGAGACCAAUGAUCAAUGAUUUGAUAAGAUAUUUUAUUGCCAAUGGUAUUGAUUAUCUCAUUUCACCAUAUGAUGCAUCGUUCCAAUUGUCUUAUUUGUAUAAUACUGGACUUGUUGAUUCUAUUUACGGUUCUACCGAUGUUCUUUUAUGCAAUGUGGAUAAAUUUAUCUUGGGUAUGGAAUUUUUAACCAAGGAAUUCAGAUACAUUGAAAGAGCAAAGGUUUUAUAUGAACUUGGCUUGUCAGAGAAGCAAUUUACAGACUUAAGUAUUAUGGUUGGUUGCAAUCUUCAACCAGUUACAUUCCCAAACUUUCCUCCAUUGCCAAAGCCUAACCAUAUUCAACCAUAUCCACAACUCAAUUAUUUUAAAUUGGGUUUGGAAAUCAUUUUCCAACUUAAUUCAUAUAGUCCAGGAAAUCCUGCUGAUUUGUAUGCUUAUAUUGUCAGUUUGAAUGACCCUAAAUUGUUGGAACUCUACUAUAAGGGACAUUCUGCCUUAAAGUAUUUGCCUAUCUUGAAUAAGGAAGGGUAUGUUGAAUUAUAUUCUGUUGAAAUGAAUAAAUUGAACAAGAAACAAUCAGGUACUGCAUUAGAAAAAAUUGAAGUUCCAAAUGAUGUUCAUGCAAUUAUUUCUCAAAAAUUACCACCUGAAUUAUACUUCUAUCAAUCUCUUGGGUUACUCCCAUUGCUGCUUCUUGAAGCAAUUACUCAGGGUAAAUUGAAUAUUAGACCACCUCCAGAUGGUGGCCUUCCUGAAUCAUAUAAGAAGUUAAUUUCCUCAAAGUAUUUUAAUGAUUCAUUGGAUUUCCAAUUCAAUCUUAUUACCCAACUUUUGGCAAGAUAUUAUCAAGUUAAAAAGAUAAGUGUUGACUAUUGGUUCAAGGAUGGGUCUACUGAACUUAACAAUAGACUCACUCCGCCAGCUCAUGUUCAAAUUUCUCAUUUAUGGAUUCAUAACUCUGGAUCUAAAAAAUUCGACCUUCCAUCUUUUAUCUCUAAAUUAACUAAUGCUAAUAUUGAAGAGAAUUCAUGUUCUGAGAGAGAAAAGAAAUUUGAGAUCCUGACAAACCUGGAUAUUAUUUCUACUGCCUUGUUAAGAUCGUUAUAUUUGUUGGGAGUUGUUGAAAAUAAAACCAACAAAUUGAGUUCUGUGGGUAACAGUAUCCAUCGUUUAGUUAAAGAAUUUAAAGAUAUUACUGAAGAUGAAGUUCUGGAAUUAUUUUUAAUUUUACUUUUAAUUAAAUCAAAGGUCAUUAAAUUAAAUGAUCAAAUUAGAGAUUAUUAUAGUAUUCCAAAAUCGUUUAAGGACCCUAUUUCAUCAAAUGAAGAAAUUCCAGCUGAAGAUGCUAAACAUAUUACCUUAUUAUCUAGAAUUUUAUCAGUUCAUAAGUUGAAUAUUUCAGCCAUCAAUUAUCAAGGUCCGAUUUCAAGAUCAUUACAAAGUUUCCGCUCUCAUGUCAAGGUAAUUUUGAAUAACUUGAGUAAUACACUUCAAUGUUGUUUACUUGAUUUAUCUGCGCGUAAUGAUAUUCCAAUUCGUGCUACUUUUGAAACUAGAGCUGAAUGGUACGAAUUGGUCAACCAGUUACCAUUCUAUAAGGAUUGUAACAAUACUUUACUUGGAGUUGUUGGUGAAAUUUAUUUUGAAUAUUCUUUGAGACAAAGAAUUGGGAACCAAAAUAGAACUAAAGAAGAGAUCAUUUCAAACACUAAGGAUCAUUUAUUAAACUCUAUUUUCCAAGUGAAUAAUCCUUCUUUCAAUAUUAAUGUAAAGGGAGCAAAUAGUAUUGAUGGUGAUCUGCUCUUUAAAGAUUUCAAGAAUGGAUUAAACUUUUGGUCCAAAUUUAUUAAAUUGGUUGAAAUUAUUCAUGAAGAGGAUAAAUCCCUUAUUGAUGAUAAGUAUUAUAAGAGUAUUCUUGAAACUGAUACUUGGAUGAAGCAAUAUAUUUAG